AUGGGACGCAAAAUAGGAAGCGGUUCUUUUGGAGAGAUCUAUCUCGCUGGUGUUCCAAGUGUAAAGUGGUUUGGUGUUGAAGGCGAGUACAAUGUGCUAGUGAUUGAUUUACUUGGGCCUAGUCUUGAAGACUUGUUCAAUUACUGUAGUAGGAAACUUUCUCUCAAGUCAGUCCUCAUGCUUGCUGAUCAAAUGAUAACCCGUGUUGAGUAUUUCCAUUCUAAAUCUUUCCUUCACCGAGACCUUAAGCCUGACAAUUUCCUCAUGGGUUUAGGAAGACGUGCAAACCAGGUAUACAUCAUCGACUUUGGUCUUGCUAAGAAGUACAGAGAUAACACUACUCAUCAGCACAUUCCCUACAGAGAAAAUAAGAACCUCACUGGAACUGCAAGAUACGCUAGUAUGAAUACUCACUUGGGAAUUGAACAAAGCAGAAGGGAUGACUUAGAAUCACUUGGUUACAUCCUCAUGUAUUUUCUUAAAGGAAGUCUUCCAUGGCAAGGACUUAAAGCUGGAACCAAGAAGCAAAAGUAUGAGAGAAUCAGUGAAAAGAAAGUCUCUACAUCAAUCGAGUCUUUAUGCCGUGGCUACCCAUCUGAACUCGCAUCUUACUUCCAUUACUGCCGCUCCCUCCGAUUUGAGGAUAAACCAGACUACAAUUAUCUCAAAAGGAUAUUCCGUGAUCUCUUUGUCCGUGAAGGGUUUCAAUUGGAUUAUGUCUUUGACUGGACCAUAUUGAAGUACCAAAAAUCACAACUAAAAGCUCCCCCAUCACGUGGCCUCGUAACUCCUGCGGCUGGAACCAGUGCAGGGGAGGAAGAGAGAAUGAGACCAACUAUGGAUUCAUCAAGAAGGAGACCAACCUCUGGAGCUCUUGACAACUCUACUAGAGCCCCAAUGAUGCCGAGAGCGUCACUGUUUGCACAGUCAGCAGGAUCAUCGAGGAGAGUAGCGGAGGAGGAGCUACAGAGAUGCCGUAAUGGUGACGGAAUAAGAAACUCUGCGGUGGUUUCAACGUCUGAUGGGAAGAGAUCUUCUUCCACAAGGAAACAGUAUGAAUCUGCGAUGAAAGGCAUUGAGACUCUCCAAGUCUCAGACGAAAGGUUUCACCACCAUUAA